AUGGCAGAGUUCAAUGUCGGAAGCGUUCUGGUGACUGGAUCCAAUCGAGGAAUCGGCCUGGGACUCGUGAAGCAAUUUCUAGAGCUACCAAAUCCACCAGAAUGGAUCUUUGCCACCACCAGGGAGCCGGAUGGAUCCCAAAGCAAGGAGGUAAUGGAGCUGGCAUUGAAGCAUCCAAACCUGGUAGUGCUGCAGCUGGAUGUCACAGAUCCAAACAGCAUAAAGGCAGCUGUGCAGAGAGUGGAGGAGCAUGUGCAAGGACAUGGACUGAAUCUCCUGAUAAACAACGCUGGCAUACUACGGGUGACCACCAUGGAGAAUGAGAACGUUGAGACCAUGGAAACUAUAUAUCUAACUAACACAGUUGGGCCCCUGCUGGUGAGCCAGGAGUUCCUGCUGUUGCUGAAGAAAGCUGCCCAGCAGAGUACCCAGACAGGGCUGAGCUGCAGCAAGGCCGCCAUUGUCAACAUGUCCAGCAUCGCUGGUUCCAUAGAAGUAGUUCCAGUGUGGGAAUUCGAGCAAAUACCCAGCUACCGCUGCAGCAAGGCUGCUCUGAACAUGAUCACCAGGUGCCAGUCCUUGGAGUACAAAGACUAUGGGAUUCUGUGCACUUCUAUCCACCCUGGCUGGGUGAAAACCAGAAUUGGAACAGAAAAGGUAGAGGUCAUAACACAUUUACAAUCUCUUGAUGUCACAGAUCCAAACAGCAUAAAGGCAGCACAGAGAGUGGAAGACCAUGUGCAGGGACAUGGACUGAAUCUCCUGAUAAACAACGCUGGCAUCGCCCUGAUGACCACCAUGGAGAAUGAGAACGCUGAGACCAUGGCAAUUGUAUACCUAACUAACACAGUUGGGCCUCUGCUGGUGAGCCAGGAGUUCCUGCCGUUGCUGAAGAAAGCUGCCCAGCAGAGUACCCAGACAGGGCUGAGCUGCAGGAAGGCCGCCAUUGUCAACAUGUCCAGCACGGCUGCUUCCAUAGCACUUGUUACAUCAUGGGAACUGCUGCCAGACCCCAGCUACCGCUGCAGCAAGGCUGCUCUGAACAUGAUCACCAGGUGCCAGUCCUUGGAGUACAAAGACUAUGGGAUUCUGUGCACUUCUAUCCACCCUGGCUGGGUGAAAACCAGAAUGGGAACAGAAAAG